GUACACAAAAAACUAAUGGAAUUUGUAGAUACAAUGGAUCUGGAGAAUGAAAGGGUGCUCAAAUUGAUAUUCCCCGAUGGUGUGCCAGACAAUCUGCGUGGCAAUCCAGAAUUGGAUAAUUAUCUCGGGAAGCUCGGCACCUACAAGGUGGAUCAGCUAAAAAAAGAGCAAACACGCCUGGCCGACGAGACCAAGACCAUACUGGAGCAGACCCAGGACCUGGCCAUCUCCAAUUACAAGACUUUCAUCACGACGGCGGAGAACUCGCGAUCGAUAUUCAACGAAUUCCAGAAGACGGAGGAGCAGGUGGGCACUCUGAUUGGCAAGUUGCCAGAGUUCAGUGGCAAGUGCGAGCAGUUCCUAAAGGACUCCGCGGAGCUGAACGAGCAGCGCCGUCUCAACUCCAUCACUCUGCAGAAGAACUCCCAACUGCUGGAGAUCCUCGAGCUGCCGCAGCUGAUGGAGCGCUGCAUACGCGAAGGACGCUACGAGGAGGCCCUGGAGCUGGCCGCCUACGUGCAGAAGCUGGGCCAGCAUCAGGGCCACAUAUCUGUGGUGAAUAGCAUUGUGCGCGCCGUGGAGGCCUUGUGGCACACCAUGCUGGUGCAGCUGGUGGCCCAGCUUCGUUCGGAUUUGCAGCUGCCCAAGUGCCUGCAGAUCGUCGGAUACCUGAGGCGCAUGCAGGCUUUCGGGGACAACGAGCUGAAGUUGAAGUUCCUGCAGGCUCGCGACUCCUGGCUUACCUCCUGCCUUGGGGCCAUUCCCACAGCGGAUGCCCAGCAGCAUCUGACCAAGACCAUUGAGAUCACGCGCAUCAAUCUGUUCAACAUCAUCACCCAGUACCGGGCCAUAUUCCCCGAGGAAGAGAGCGCUGGCAAGGCGCAGGGCAGUAGUCUAAGGCCUUUGCAGGGCGUCAGCUGCAACGGCGAUCGCCUCUUCCAGGCGUGGCUGCACAACAAAAUUAAUGCAUUCUUGGAGACCCUCGAAAAGGAUCUGCAUCGCGGCGUUGGAUCCAUUGAGACGGUUUUGGGCCAGUGCAUGUACUUCGGGCUCUCUUUCAGCCGCGUCGGGGCCGACUUUCGGGCCCUAAUGGCUCCCAUCUUUGUGGGCGUGGUGCAGAGCAAGUUCGAGGCCAGCAUUGAGCAGGUCAACGAGCACUUUGAGCAGGAGCUGGAGAGGUUCACGCUGAUCAACAAGGUUACGCUCCACUCGCGCAAGCAGGUGGAUCCCACCUCGCUCUCCGCCAACGAGAACGAGUCAUUUGCGCCUCCAGAGACGCUCCUGGACUUCUACCCCCUGGCCGCCCUUUGCAACGGCUAUCUGAAUGCGCUGAACGAGUUGCGGCUCUGCGCCCCACUGGCGCUGGCCACAGACGUCACGCGCUGCUUGCAGCAGUCCCUGCAGUUGGUGGCCCAGCGAGUGCUCGCCUUCUACCGCCAGGAGCAGCAGGCUUUCACUGGAAACGAGCGCGAGAACUUCGUGAAGCUGUGCUCCUGCCUGGCCUACGACCUGGUGCCUUAUGUCCAGCGCUGCAUCCAUGGCAUCUUCCCGCCCCAGUCGCUCACCGUUCACCUGGGCAUAAGCCUCCUGCAGCUGGAGCAGCAGCAGCUCACCUAUCUGCAGCAGGCGCGCAUCCUAGAGCCCCUCAAGCAUCUCCUGCCCACCAAGGUGCUGGUCCAGUCACAGCCUGCCCAGGAACCAGCUCUGGAGGCAAAGCCCGUCCUCAACUUACCCGUUGCUGCCGAGGGAUGAGUCAUUCCCAACAACAAGUUCUAGGUUUAAUCCAUAUUCCCAUAUUUAAAUUUUGUUUGUCGUAAUAGUAUACAUAUAUAUACAUACACACAUAUGUACACGUGUUUACUGGAAAUAUCUGUAAAACUAAAGUUGAAAUCUUGAAUAA